GGCACAUCCUCCUGCAGGAGGGAUAUAAAAGCCCACCAGGCUACACCACCUUCACACACAGCCCCACAACUGCACUCACACCCACACUCACAGACCCACAUCCACACUCACAAGGUCACACAAACACUCACAGAUCCACACCCACAAGCACAAUCCCAGUGAGGCUCAAGCACUCCGUACAUCAGGCACUCAGCACCUCACUGACACUCCUCUCACACUCUUUGCUGCCCCAGGCACCCAACACAGCUGCUCCCACCAUGGCAGACACCUGCUUUUCUGGGCCCUGUGUUCCCAUGUCCUCAGCCAUCUCCGUCUCCUCCAGUGACAUGAGCUGUGGCAACAACGUCUGCAUGCCCAGUGUGGGCACGGGCUCCUCCUGGCAGCUGGACGACUGCCCUGAGAGCUGUUGUGAACCCGGUUGCUGCGGCCCCUCCUGCUGCCCAGCUCCCUGCUGCACACCAGCCUCCUGCCUGACCCUGCUCUGCAGCCCAGUCUGCUCUGUGCCCGCCACCUGCCAGCCAGCCUGUGAACCCAGCCCCUGCCAGUGUGUCUGCACCUCCUGCUGCUCGCCAUCAGGCUUCCAGCAGUCCUGCUGCCAGGCCCCUAGCUGCUCUGCCUCUCUCUGCUCAGUGCAGUCCUGCUGCUGUGUCCCUCUGUGCUGCAAGCUCAGCAGCUGCAUCGCCCUGCCUGUGUGCUGCAAGCCCAGCUGCUGUGUGACCACAGCCUGUUGUCCAGCCUCCUCCUGCUGCCAGCCCAGCUGUUGCUGCCCCGCCUCUUGUGUGUCCCUCAUCUGCAGGCCUGUGUGCAGCCCAGCUGCCUGUUGUGUGCCUCUCUCCUGCAGACCCUCCUGCUGCACCACCACAUCCUCCUCCUCUUGCUGCUGUGCCCCUUCCUGCUGUCCAGCCACCACCUGCUGCCGACCUGCCUCCUCUGUCUCCCUCAUCUGCCAGCCCACAUGUUGCAGACCCGCCUGCUGCACCACCACCUGUGGCCAAAACUCUUGCUGUUGACCACAGGGCAUUUGUUCCUCUCAUCCCCUCCCCAACUUCUGUCAGCCUCCUGCCUCCAGCCUCCAUCCUCAACCAUCAGCCUGAACACCUGGCCAGCAACAGCCCCAGAGGCAUUCAGUUUACCAAGCUGCUCCUGAGCACCUCACCCACCCCAGGUGCAGCCAGGGUACCCCACGCAUCUCCUCCUAUGGCUGACCCCCACGCAUGGCUUCUGCUUCCACAUGCACCUAACUCAGCGUGCAUCAUCCCAGGGCUGCCUGCAGCUCUCAGGGCCUCUCUAGGCUCAAAGUGUGCAGGAGAUGACCCCAUGCAGGACCCACCUUGUAAUAAACUGCA